GCGCUGUGGGCUCUGGAGGAAGAUGGCGGCGGCGGCGGCGCCCAGUGGGUGAGAGAGAGAGAGAGCGAGAGAGGGAACGGGAGAGAGGGGACAGCGCGGCGGCCCACACGGAGACACCGAGAACCGCCACGAGGAGCGGCCUUUCGGCGCGCGGUUGAGCCGGCGGGGGCGGGGCGGGAGCUGGAGGCGACGCCAGGCCGUGGCAUGAGAUGGCCAGCUCAUCAGACAGUGAGGAUGACAGUUUCAUUGCCAUGGACACUGAAGAAGUGCUGGACGGUCCCAUGGAGCAGGACGAAGAGCCUCACAUUGAAGUGGAGGUCGAGGAGUUGAGGCAUAACCGUUCGAUGUCCGAGUUGCCUGAGGAGGUGUUGGAAUACAUCUUGUCGUUCCUGUCCCCUUACCAGGAGCACAAAACAGCUGCUCUCGUUUGUAAACAGUGGUACAGGCUCAUUAAAGGAGUGGCUCACCAGUGUUACCAUGGGUUUAUAAAAGCUGUUCAGGAAGGAAAUAUUCAGUGGGAGAGUCGGACAUAUCCUUAUCCAGGAACUCCAAUAACACAGCGCUUCUCUCAUAGUGCAUGUUACUACGAUGCCAACCAGUCAAUGUAUGUCUUUGGGGGUUGCACUCAAAGUAGCUGUAAUGCAGCGUUCAAUGACCUCUGGCGGCUUGAUCUCAACAGCAAAGAAUGGAUCAGACCCCUGGCAUCAGGUUCAUACCCUUCUCCAAAAGCUGGGGCUACAUUAGUUGUUUACAAGGACCUUCUGGUGUUGUUUGGAGGCUGGACCAGACCAAGUCCCUACCCACUGCAUCAGCCCGAGCGGUUCUUUGAUGAGAUCCACACCUACUCACCAUCUAAAAACUGGUGGAACUGUAUCGUGACAACUCAUGGCCCCCCUCCAAUGGCUGGCCAUUCGUCAUCUGUCAUAGGAGAUCAAAUGAUUGUAUUUGGAGGGUCUUUAGGUUCUCGGCAGAUGAGCAAUGAGGUGUGGACCCUGGACCUGGAGCAGUGGGCCUGGUCCAAACCAACCACGUCGGGUAUCGUGCCCCACCCCAGGGGAGGCCAAUCCCAGAUUAUUAUUGAUCAUGAAACAAUUCUAAUCCUCGGUGGCUGUGGAGGACCGAAUGCACUGUUUAAGGAUGCCUGGCUGCUGCACAUGAGAGUGUCUCCGUGGACUUGGCAACAGCUAAAGGUGGAGAAUGAGGAACAUGGAGCCCCUGAGCUGUGGUGCCAUCCAGCCUGCAGGGUUGGCCAGUGUGUGGUGGUGUUCAGCCAGGCACCCAGUGGCCGUGCUCCCCUCAGUCCCAGCUUGCAUUCCCGCCCAUCUCCCAUCAGUGCCACGCCUCCCACCCUUGGCGCCGAAAUGAGGGAACACCGUUCUCAGUCCCCGGUGAGGAGCACGGAUGAGGUUCCGUGUGUGAACGGGCGCUGGGGCACCCUCCGGCCCAGGACACACAGGCCACCCAUGUCAGGGUCUCGGGAAGGCAGUCUCUCCCCAGCCAGAGGGGACAGCUCACCUGUUCUGAAUGGAGGUACCUUGUCACCAGGGUCGUUGGCUGGCAGCUUGGACAGUCCUGUACAGCCCGGAUCCCCUAUCACACCGGCUGUGGUGGAGCCUUAUGAUCUCAGAGGCUCAGUUGGAGGACUUCCGACAGGCACUAGGCAAAGAGAACUAAUGGAACAGAAAGGCGAUUCAGGACUAGAUCCAUACAGAGCUCAGGACUGUGUAACCUGGGACUCCAAACCCUCCUCCAGCAGUAGCCACGGAGAGGAGGGCAUUGCAACAAGUCCAGGAACUGGUAUCAAUGUUGGGAACCCUCCCGAACAGACCAAUGGGAUCCACACUCCACCUGACAUAGCCAGUGCUGCUCCCGGCCCUGUCUCUCCAGGAGCUCUGCGGAGAGGUCUCGAAGCCGUCAAGGCUUUUUUGCCACAAGGUUCAACGCCAGCUCCACAACAAGGAAGCCCCAGCCCAGCUUCUUCGCCUGUGUUGCCAGGUCAGAGUUCCAACAGCACGGACCCACCGUCACGCUCUGCGCCUUCCCAGGGAGACGGACAUUCUUUGCCGCCAAUUGCACGCCGUUUAGGCCACCACCCACCUCAGUCCCUGAACGUAGGGAAGCCUCUGUACCAGAGCAUGAACUGCAAACCGAUGCAAAUGUACGUCCUGGACAUCAAGGACGCAAAGGAAAAGGGAAGAGUCAGUUGGAAAAUAUUCAACAGUGGCUCUGUCGUCGGCCCACCGGAAACCAGCCUCCACACGGUGGUGCAAGGCCGGGGUGAGCUGAUCAUAUUCGGGGGCUUGAUGGACAAGAAACAGAAUGUGAAGUACUAUCCAAAAACCAACGCGUUGUAUUUUGUGCGCGCUAAGAGAUAAUGCACUGCCUCGAGGGGUGUUUCACUCUACCUGAGGCGCACCGCACCAUAAGCUGUGAAUUCAAACAAAAAAAAAUACGAUUAUCUGUAAAAACUAUUCCGCAAAUGGAUUAAGUUUGCUUUUAAAACGCAAACGUACGUGCACAUGCGCGCACAAAAAAAAAAUCAUUUCGAUCCAGUUCCAGUGUUUUUCAUUCCACGUUUGGAUUUGUGUGUCUUCAUUUAAUUCACGCUGUGAUCGAUACUCUGGCUUCUGCCUUCAAUGCUGAGGAAAUGACUGCGGCUGGUUCCACCAGUUGCAGUACUUCUUGGUGGCAAUCCAGCUGGUUAGCAAGUUUGGGCGAGAUCUUGGCACGGAACUGGUACAGGCCGGGCCAGGCAGGGCACAGCUGGCGGGCAGGAGUUUACAUUGUUUGGAUUGGUUGUAGAGCAGUCCGUGCUUCAGUGAGAUGGCCCCCUCGAUCGUUGGCUUGCGUUCAAGUCGACAUUCUUCCCAGGUCAGCCAGUUGAUAUCUAGAAAAGGACAAAAGAUUGCUUAACGACUCUCAAGGCAAUUCCAUUCACACGUGGUUCAGUCAGUGACAGAAAGGUAUGGUGUAGGAGUUUCGAAGUUAAACGUACACUAAUUGAUUUAAGAGUGAAUUGCGCAAAUGCUGGUGUAUAAGAGAAGUGUAGGCUUGUGAUGAUCGGUGGAGCUGUGAUGACUUUGUUAUACUGUGGGAUCACUGCGGGUCAGCACUAACCCUUGUUGCACUGGAGCUGUAGGGUUUAGGCUGAGGUGACAAUAUCUAUCAUCUUUUCCAUAAGCAGAAGGAAUGUGGUGUUUCCUGAUAGCUUUGUUCUGUUACCUCAAAGACUGACACUUGAGAUGUCAGCCUUGACCACAAAUCACCCUUAUGGCUAAAACGGCAUAGUGAGGCGGAGUGUUGCUGUAGUACAGAAACUCUUGGUUAUCUCUCAUUACAAGAAACAUUAUAUCUAUAGUCUCUGGUCUGAAGCUGGUCCCACUUUCAUUCUGAUGCUGAUGCUUUAUAUACAGUAUUUUAUGAUUACUGGGCAGUGGUUGGUGCAGCUGCCUUUGGUAUAAUCGAGUGCCUCGCACAUCCCAUUAACCCAGAUAUUUUUAGUGGCAAGGAAUUUUCAGACUUAGCGUUCUUUUUUUAUUUGUGCCAAAUUUCUCUCUCUCCCCCCACCCCACCACCACCACCUGAGGUCAGUGAGCGGAGCUGGUGGAGGUUCCUGGCAUUCCUGUAGUUCCCGCUGCACAAACGGCCAAUGUUCCUUCAAGCGUGAACCUAGACAGGGCUUGUUGACCUGAUAUUCAAAUUUAGAGAGUGUCAUGGCUAUCGCCAACCCUAUUCUCAUUGAAAAUUAAACACAAAGAAACAUUUGCCAGCUGUGAUGUCUGGAGAGCCUGGCUCGUUUCUCUUUUCCCCCUUUCCCCCUCCCCGUCUGUAGCCUAGGGUCACGAAAAACAAUUGUAUAAUAUCUGUACUUCUACUCUAAUUGAGAUCAGCUGCCUUAGCGCAGACAAGUCAGAGGAGUUUUAUUUGAUCUAGUUUCUCUUGUCAAGCAGCUAUAUAUGUACGCACUGAUGGCAAGCAAAGCCCUCUCUCGCUCGCUUACUCUAUCUGGGCGUCCAGUUGAACAGAAUGUUACUUUUUUUUAAAAUAGCAAGUACAUUUUUAACACUGCUUUACUUUAUUUUUGUUUUGAGAACUUGUUCCGUCUUUUAAAAGAAAACUUUGCUGCCAAUAAAUUUAAGGUCAUCGCCAAGAAUCCUGAGCGCGACAGAAAGUGGCCGUUGAUGAGCAAAGCUUCCUAGCGGAGGUUCUCACUAAUUCAGCAAUAUACAGGUGAUGUUUUUCUACUGAUCUUCGGUUUCUCUUCCAUUUCCUCUGUGCUGGAUUUUCACCUGAGUGCAAAACCUAGGAAAUGGAGCAAUUUAUGCAAUAAAUAGACUAUCUGAUAAGGGACAUGAAUAAGUCUGUGCAAUGAGACUUGUAGAGCAGUCAAAUCCAAACUCACUGGAGCCUACAAUGGACCCUAUUGAGAACUGAGCUGCCAAAUCUGUCGUAAAGCAGCCAUGUGAGGUUUGGGUGGAAAUUCCAAAAUCCUAAAUACUUCCAGCCCUGGGCGCGCACGUGGAAUAGAGCUGAGCGCACAUUGGCGGCUGAUAAAAGUUCACACUUGUGUGUGUGUGUGUGAGAGGUUUGAAAUCUGCUAAUUAUGCCUUUAUACUGCAUUGCAUCUUACAAUAAUCCUCCGCAGCUGAUUUCAUGCUAAUGUAAUUUGUUUUUAGUCAAGCUACCAGGAUCCGUACAGAAUGGGGUUCAGACAUUUUAAAGUGCUGACAAUUAACCGGAGGGCUGCACAGUGUUGAAUGUAUUUGCCGGUGAAAGGUUGAGCUGCAGUUUGUGUCUACAGGUUGUUCACAAAGUCCCGUUACCCCUGCGCCCCCAUGCGUUUUUUCUCUACAGUGCAAUGACCAACAAUUGAAACAUGGAAGAAUGAUGUAACUUUAUUUAGAAGUGCUUAAUUGUAUUCAGUGCAAGUAACUGUAUUUAGACGAACAGAGGAUUGGGGUGUGUGGGGGGAGGGGGUGGGGUUGUGUGUGAGAGCGCAAUCAUUUUCAUGGAAAAUAAUCCAUCGCCAUGUUCACUGCCACGUCUUCCUUAACUUGGAUGGAGUGAGGAGGAAGUUACUGGUAUCAGACAUUGUUCCACUCCACUCACCUGCAACAGAAAAUAAAAAUUUGUGAACACCCUGUAUAUUGGCACCGAGCUUAACACUUGUGCUGAAGGCGGUAGCAGUGAUUGAGGGCGCGCAGGUUUCAGUCGCUUUAUAAUGAAAUGGUAGAGCCGGGCAAGUGUUGGUCUUUCUCAUUGCAUUUAAGUGUAUGUUGCUUUGCUCCCAUUCUCUACGUGUUUUAACUAACACAAGAUGAGCUUCCUUCAUGUGUCAUUUUUAAAAAAAAAUAAAAUAAAAACAUGCAUCGUUUCAUCAGACUCUAAAUAAAAUUGAGUAAAUGUAGCAAAUGAAAAGCUCAUUUUUGAAGUGCUCCGACCAAGGCUCUUUGUAAAUGGAUGCAUAUCAGGUUAACCUUCCCAUGCCUUGGUUUGAAUUCACACUCGGGGGAGC